GAGAGAAGGGUGGGGAGACAAAGUUAAACUUUUGUGCCCCAGCGUUGCUGCUUAUACUACUGGAUUACAUGUGUGUUGGUAGUGACAGAGAGGGAGGGAGAAAGAGAAUGCAUGAUUUCUAAGGAGUCCUGUGUGGAGUCACAAAUCUGAGAGCUCCUGCUGCCAAUUCUUGGAUUCGUCUGAUUUUGUGGGGGCGGGGAGAGACGACCACUGCUUAUAAUGCCGUCUUUUGAUGAAGUUUUAAAAGAGGCAGGGGAGUUUGGAAGGUUUCAGAAGAGGGUCUUCUUCCUCCUUUGCCAGACUGGCAUAACUUUUUCUUUUCUAUUUGUUGGAGUUGUGUUUCUUGGACGAGAUCCGCAGCAGUAUUGGUGCAGGAUCCCUUGUGCAUCUGAAUUAAGUAAGCAUUGUGCCUGGACCUUUGAAGAGGAGUACAAUCUUACUGUCCUCACAUCAAGAUGGGUGAAUUAUUCAUCCCAGUGUAAGAGAUAUGACUUGCAAUGCAACAGCACCUGCUACGGCUAUACCGACUCAUUAUCUCAUCUCUCCAAUAACAGCUUGGGCAAAGUGCCAUUUACUACAUGCCAAGAUGGCUGGCUCUACGAAGACCCCCAUUCAACUAUUGCCAGCGAGUUUGACCUUGUCUGUGAAAACAGAUGGAUGAUAGAUAUGACACAAGCGCUUCUCAACCUGGGGUUUCUCGUAGGAGGCUUCACUCUUGGCUAUGCUGCAGACAGAUAUGGCAGAAUCAUCAUUUAUCUCUUCUCUGCCUUUGGGGCAGGAUUGUGUGGCCUGAUCGUGGCUUUUGCCCCAAACAUUGUAGUGUUUUCAAUAUUUCGUUUCCUACAAGGCGUGUUUGGGAAAGGAACCUGGAUGACAAGCUUUGUUAUUGUAACAGAGAUCGUUGGUUCAGAUGAGCGGCGGAUUGUUGGAAUUGUUAUUCAGGUCUUCUUCACCAUCGGAGUUAUAAUUCUUCCUGGAAUUGCAUAUUUAAUCCCCACAUGGCAAUGGAUUCAGCUUGCAACAACACUCCCCAACUUUUUUUUCCUCUUAUACUACUGGCUGAUACCUGAAUCUCCACGGUGGCUUCUGACUCGCAAAAAAGGAGAAAAAGCCCUAAAAAUUGUGCAGUCUAUUGCCAAAGACAAUGGGAAAUGCCUUCCACAGCAUUUUUCUGAGAUCACAGGUUGUGACAACGAGAUUAGCAAUCCAUCUAUUCUAGAUCUGGUUAGAACUCCACAGAUGAGAAAAAUCACUCUUAUCCUCAUGUAUGCCUGGUUCACAAGUGCAGUGGUUUAUCAAGGGCUUGUCUUGCGCCUGGGCAUCAUAGAAGGAAACCUUUAUUUGGAGUUCUUUAUCUCAGCAGUGAUGGAAUUGCCUGCAGCUUUUUUAAUCUUACUGACAAUCGACCGUAUCGGCCGGCGCCCUCUCUUUAUAUCGAGCGCAAUAGUGGCAGGCAUUGCAUGCUUAAUCACAGCAUUUUUGCCAAAAGAUGUGCCAUGGUUAAUUACAUCGGUAGCCAUCUUGGCAAGACUGGGGAUCACCAUAACUUUUGAACUUGUGUACCUGGUGAAUUCUGAAUUGUAUCCUACAGUACUGAGAAACUUUGGUGUCUCCCUGUGUUCAGGUUUGUGUGAUAUAGGAGGCAUUGCAGCCCCAUUUCUACUCUACCGGCUGGCAGAUAUCUGGUCAGAGCUUCCUCUGCUUGUCUAUUGUAUACUAUCUGUUCUCUCCGGGAUUCUAGUCAUACUUCUACCUGAAACAAAAGGGGUGCCAUUACCAGAAACAGUAGAGGAUGUGGAACAACUUGCAAGUAGAAGAAGUUGUGGAAAAAACAAACAUCCAAAUUCCAGUACAUACGUCUGAUGUUUUGCUAAAUGUCAUCAGUCACCUGGUUUCCGGUGCAACGUCCAUUGCAUGCCAUCAUCAUGUUGUUUGGAGAAGAUGGAGAAAGUUUGUGUUAAAAUAAAUAUUUCUAAAGUCACUUCUUUUAAAUAUAAAAACAUAAACAGUAAACAUAGUAUUAUUUUUCUAUGACUUCGGAAAUAUAAAUGUAUUUUUGUGGGCUUAUUGUUUCCAGGUAGGGAACUGUUAUAUGCAGCUCUUAUAAAAGAGUAAUCACAUCCAUUAAAUAAUUCAUUUUCUCUAGGAUCUUGGUUCUUUGUACAUGCCUACAUCUGAUUACUGUUCCAUCUCCUUUCAUUUGUGAGACCAGUUGUUCCAAACUGUUGUCGUAUUGCACGCAGAAGCUUGUGACACAAUCCACAACAUUGGGAUAAACCCAGAAAAUUCUGAAUCCAUUCAUAGGAUUUGGUGGAACUGAAUCAGAAUGGAAAAAUAAUACUUCACAUUUCAAAAGCAUGAAGAAGAGUGAACAUGUAUCGAUUACACUACUACAGGUUCAUUGCCCUUCCUCCUAGCUACUUUGGACAGAAAGCCUGGGAUCAUUCCCUUUCUCUCUUCACAGCAAAUCUCAAACUAAGAAAGUACUGGUUAUCAAAGGUUACACUGGUGGAGAUUUGAACCCAGCAUUAUAUCUGCAAGCCACACCUAUCCACAAUAACAACGGCAUUAAAAUCAGAGACCAACUAGCUCUAGUGAGACAGAGGUUUUGCCCUGCUUACAGUUUCUUUUUUUUAAAAAGUCAAAGGUUUGAUUGUUUGUCUGCUUUACACCAUCUUCUUGUACAUACACACUGCUUGUUUUAUUCCUUGUGCCAGUCAUUUGGCUGGUGCAGUAAUAGGGUUUAUGAGUGUUGUUUCCUUCCAGAGCUCUUUUUUGUGGCCUGUAGAGGAAGUUAGUUGUUUUUGAAGAUGUUCACUGAACGGCAUUGAGAGGCAAUUUCAGUGUCUCCCUUACAGAGAAGGAGCAGUAGAGCUUGCGAAUUCCAUUUGCUAAGCAUUGAAUGUUCAACCUCUUGUUGCCAGAAGAAAAAGGACCAAAUUAGGUGCGAGGUUAGAAAUGUUUCUGUUCCCAAUUCAGACCUUAGAAAGAACUAGUUAUUAAUUACAACUAGCUACCUGUAACUAACUCCUUGUUCCAAUAAUAAAAUGUAACCACCGUAAUGUAAUAUAACGUAAUUUCCCUCCUGUGUUGUGGUAAGAUUUUAGUUACUUUUCAGUUACAGGCAUGUGGCAUUACUGAAAGGUGAAGGAAAAAUAUUGUGUGACUCAAAUACUGGUUCAUGCCUCAUGCUGUGUUCUGGAGGUGGAGGGAGCAGCGAGAUGGAUGGGAGAUCAAAAUGGUUGACUUGGAGCCUGCUCCUAUCUCUCUUUUUUUGACUUAUAAGAAAUCGGAAAGCGAUGGUUUUAUGAAAAUAAUCUAUAUGGCAGUAAUCAAUUACUUCUCAUUGUACAUAAGUAUAACUAAAAACUUUUUAAAAAAAUGUUCCAAGCUUGUCUUCAGCAUGCCAGUGGAACAGAAUAAUCCUUAGCAGGAUCACAGCUAGUCUCAAGAAGGGAUGAGCUAUCCCCUCUGUUGCUGCAGUUACGAGGGUGAUAUUUAUUUUGGGCAGAGGUCCCCCAGAAGUGUCACCAGCUUCAGAGGAGGAACUUUCAUCAAUACCAGGGCAAUGGAGGAAACGUUCACUCUACACCUGCUGCUAUCCAAAUAACUGUACCUUCCCAGGUGAUAGUAUCUGCACAUUAAACGCAGUGCUGAGUUUACUCUUGCGUCUUCUUUAGCUGAAAGACUCUGUCUACUACUUAGAAGGGAAAGGCAGAUUCUGGAUGGUCCCAGGGGAUUCCUGACAUGCUGAAAACCAACAGUUUUAGUUUUCUAGAGAUGUUCAUUUGUUAAAUGUGAUGAUUCCCAUCAACACGAUUGUACUCAGCUGUGGUAUAUUUCCUCCACUUUCUCUGGCAGAGUUCUACUGCCUAACUCAUGCAAAGGGGAUCUGUAAAGAAAAGGAGGCUUCCAAAUGCAGGUAAUGGAGAAAGGCAUCGGCAGAUGAUCAUGUUCCUUAGGCCACAAGAACUGCCUGGGUGCCUUUUCUGAUGUGUAUGAAAAUGAACAUCCCCAUCCAGUGCAACCAAUGACUGAGUUAAUGUGAUCACCUGAAACUGAGAAUGAUGUGUUCCUUAGUCUUUGCUAUUA